GAAAAAUGUCGUCAACAAGUAAAAGAAAAGAAUCGAUACUUAAAGGCACUGCACAAUGGUAUCCCUCAUCUCCUUCUAGUGAUAGAAAAAGAGAUAAAAAGAGAGAAUAUUUAGAAAAACUCUCGAAUAAAAUUGGAUCAAAAAUACCAAGUCCUCAUAGAAGUAGAAGGACAAAAGAAAUUUUAAGAGAAAGCACAUCUAAGAAUGAAGGACCAGUUAUGCUUAGUGAUAAAAUUAAUGAGCAUUUUGAUAAUUCAUUAUUUAGAAAUGAGCAUUAUAUUGCUCUUAGCAAUUACUAUACUCCUCAUGAGCCUGUUGACUGACAAUCCAUAUACAAUAUGCUCGAUCUCUAUGAUAAACAUUCAGAUAAUGUAACUAAAAAUAUUGAUCUCACGAGGAACGAUUGUUCAAAAGAACGAGAGGAAGAAUACUGAUCCUCAAUGGAGGAAAUUAAUGAUGAAACCAUCGGUGUACUAGUAAAAGAACCUAAAGGAAAUGAUGCUUUGUUUUCAUUUAGGAAAAAGCCCUCUUUCCCAAAAAUGAUAAUUCCAAUUGCAAACAAAUUUGAUCAAAAUAAUUUCGACUUUGAAUCUGUUGAUGAAUUGACUGAUUACAAUACAAGAGAGUUUAAUUCUUCUGGAAACAUUGAUCAGAACCUUAGCUGUUCUAAACAAAUAAUCAUUAAAUUUGAGCAGAGUAAGAUAUGAAAUGAGUUGUCAGGUUCUGAAAUAAAAAUAAACGAUAUCAAAUGUCAUGAAAUUGCUAGCAGCCUCAGUCCUGAUAAAGAUUUUAAUGAUGAACUAAUUUCCAAAACUAAUCUUUGCCAGCCUAGUUUACCAAGCCCGAACUUCAUGAGUUGAAUGGAAAAAUAAAAUGCAUGACUACAAAAAUUUUGGAUCUGCUAAAGCUAUUGAAAACUACAGUCAGAAAGAUCCGUUUUCAAUGAUCCAUGAAAAUAGCAAAGACGGAUCAGUUAUUCUUAACCAUACAUUUCAGAAUGGAAACAAUUUGGCAAGAACAGAUUCACAAAUUUCGAAUACAAAUUGGAUCUACAAAACAUCUUCUAAAUAUAAGAGUGCAGUCGUUGAUUAUGAUGUUUCGAGUAGUGCUAAAAACUCUCCAAGGAGAGCAGAUAUCAAUAUGAUUAUUAAUGACCCCAUCCCUGAAAAAUCAAACGAGAACUCAAGCUCAAAUGAGCAAAUCGCAAAACUCCAAAAAGUAAAACAAGCAAAUGAGCAAGAGCUUGUAUCAGUUAUGAAAAUUGGAGAAAAAGAGAAUAUUCAGGAUGAUAUCCUGGAAUCUAUCAGAUCAUUGCACUCAAAGCUAGACUCAAUUCAAUCAGUCCUUUCUUCUAAUAACCAUCAGAAAGAGGAAGAUAAAUCCGAAGAACAACCGAUUAAUUUCCAAAGAGAUUCAUCAGAAUUUCAAAUUAAGAACAAUCAAAUGAAGGAAGCUUUAAAAUCAGAUACUGAAUCUGAAUUGGACAAACCUGUAGCUUACCCUAGAGAUCAAUUAAUUUGACCUCAGAUUUCAGACGCCUUAAGGCUAGAUGUAGAUAUAAGCAAUAGCUUUCAAUUAGUUGAGAGAGAACUCACUCCUAAGUUACCUACAGAAUUUCUGAAUUUUGAUGCAAUUAAAAGUUCAUCUUCUCGAAAUAGUGAAACCUCAGUCGAGAUGGCAGCUAUAUUUCCUUCAUAUAGUAAUAAUGAUAGGUUACAAACAGAAGUAACGUCUAACAAUCCUCCUAAAAGAAUUAUAUCAAUCUCACCAAAAAGAAAAUCCAUCAAAAGAAGAAAGUCUGGUUCUAGGAUCUAUGACAAACAGAUGAAAUGGCUAAGAGAAAAGAAUGAGAGAAAUGAAAUUAUGCGUAGAGAACAGUAUAAAUCUAUUCGGAGCAAGACCCGUUCAAGAUCAGUCAAAAGUAGCAGACCUUCUUCUCCAAAAAGUCAGCGUAGACUUUCCACUAGCAUUUGAAAGACUGAGAAAAGCACUCGCCAAGUGAAAACUAAAAGAGAUAAAACUUUCUGAGAUUUUCUUAUUAGAAACGAAAUUUGGCAAGAAAAUAAAAAGAAGCACAUUGAGGAAACUACAAACAAGCUAAGAAGUGCAGAAAAAUUAAAAAUGACAAAGGAUAAACCAAAAAGAAGAUCAAGGUCUGCUAGAAAAAGAAAUAAACAAAGCAAGGAAAGUAAUGGGUUCAAGACCACCAGAACUGGGCAAUAAUCCUAUUACUAUCAAGACCAACUCCAAGUACUAUCAAAAAUUAUGUCGAUUU